UAAGCGGUAUGGUGUUGAGCAAUGAACAGUCGCACGUGGCGGCGAUGAGCAGUCGUAACGUGGUAAACUGCGCUUGCGCAGACAUAGCAACGUGGUUGUCAGUCGCUGCGAGAGAGCUGCAUUACAGUUUAGUGCCGCCUAUAGAUCUUGUGCUCUACGCUUAUCAAGAAGACUUGAGAAAUGUCGACACGUUCCUAGGCGAGCCAAUACAACAAGCUAUUGCUUCGGAGAGCGGUAUCGAUUUGGUGCUGGACUCCUUAGCCGACAUAAUAGCAGAAAGUGAAGACCUCUCAUCGAAAGUGUCCGCUUUGCGAAACAUAAGUAUUAAGGCAGGCACAUUAGCGGCAGUCGCUGCGGACAGACUCGAUGACCUCGCCAGACAAAUAGACGGCCUGAAGAAGCAAUGCUCGCCGAAAGACGGACCACUCUGUGAUACAAUUAACACUCAUUCUAUGGAACUGAAACUAAAGUUUAACUCGAUAUUAAAGGAGCAACAGUUAUUAGAGCUUCGAGCUCUAGGUGUGGAUAACUUGACACUUGCCAUUGCCGCAGCGAAACAGGAAUUGCGUACUUUACCAUCAAUUAUUUUAACACAGACCAAGGAAGUAAGAGAUAGUAUUCUACGUGACAUAGAAAUUCGUCGUGACAAAGUUCACAGCUCGGCUAGAAUCCUGAGCGAUAUUGUGCGGUACCUGACGGCCGGCCUGCAUUCCUUUUCUAGGCAACUUGACGCCAGUUUUGAAAGAAUACAGAUAUAUGAAUUUUGGAGAUGGAUUUUCAUGUUGGUAUGCACCGUAGUUUGCGCUUUGGUCAUGAUGUUAAUGUUGGCAGCCUUGUUGUGUGGAUGUGGAAGAGCAAAGAUCCACGCUAAAAGGACACUGCAACUAUCUGCCGUGUGGAUAUGCUUCGCCUCCCUGCUUUUAUGGAGCGUGAUUUCCGCUGUAUUUCUUAUCGCGGGACAUGCCGAGGUUUUUGUGUGUCAAACACUGUGGGAUUCUGCUCAGUAUAAAACUCUAUCAAAGCUUUUGGAUAGGCCUUCUCCACUACUACAAAACAAUGAAGGAUUUUUUGACGCCAUGUUCAGAGAUCUUGAUAAUGUCACCAUUGAAGUGUCAGUAAGAGAUGCUUUGAGAGACUGCGAACUGAAUCGACCGGCGUACGUAGUUUUUCAACUUGACAGAAUCUUGGAUGUUAACAAAGAGACAUCGUACUUCGAAUGGGAGGAGCUGCAAGCGGAUCUGGGACGGCUGUCUACUGCCGUCGACGUCAGCUUCCUCAAAUCAAUAUCGGCUCCAUUUAACAGAAUACUUAAUGAGAUUCUUGUAAAAUCUAAUGUUAACCUACCUUUAUACAGGAUGGAAUAUAACAAUCCAGUUGUUGGAAAAGACCUGCCUGCUCUAGAAGAUCAAUUGGAGAAUGUUGCGGCGCAAGUAUCCGAUUUAACAACGUCGGGAAGGCUCGAAACCUUAGCUAAACGUACAGAAAGAGUUUAUGUAAGUAAUAUAAAACCAUUAGAGCAGUUGAGAGCGGAUCUUGUAUUCAAGUUGACUGAACUUGAACUACAAUUAAUACCGUACAGAAGAAGACUGAAUAUAUCACUGAGUCAUAUUCAUACGGCGCAGUUUUACAUCGACAACCAAGGAGACGUCAUCGCGCAGAAAAAGGUGUCAGCGUACGUAUCCCGGUUGGUGUCGCACGCCGCUAGAUGGCGCUCUCACGUGCUCACGUCCACCGGCAAACACGCCGCCCGCUGUCAACCGCUGUUUGCAGUAUACGCUGCGGUCAGGGCUCUACUCUGCACUAAAUACAUUUCCUCUUUGCACGGCUGGUGGCUUUGCGGAGUCGUGUUGGGUCUGCUGUGGUGCAUACUGCUUACUCCUUUGUGCGUCAAUCUCUGGCGAACGUACGAUAGGAGAAUGAGCGCGCAGGACUUCAUUACCCUUUCUAACUUUAAUACUGCACCUCAAGGAACACCGGAGACGGAACCCUGCGAAAACGGCAAUUGGGCUACGCCUGGAUCAGUUCCUGGGCCACCACCGCCACCUAGAGACGAUAACUGGUGAUCUGCAACUCAAUGGUGUGAAACCGUUAAAUUAACUUCUAAGUACCACCUAGAAUGAAGAUAACUAGGACGUGGUGCGUGAAAGCACAAAAUGUAAUAUUGCAUAAGCUUUAUUUUAUCCAGGAUAGGAACUAUAGUGUGCUUAAAAUUACUUAAUGGAAAAAAGUAGCAGUUAAAGUGAUAAGUAU